AUGGAGCGAAUAUCGCCUAAACGUGAUGAAGAAACAUCUGCUGCUACGAAUCUCACAGAGAUGAUUCACUUGAAAAGGCAAGAAUCAGAGGAGUGGUCUAAGGACGCCACAGUGAACAUUUGUUUGGGCAGACAAUUGUUGCUCCCUUCUUCACCUGAUUCUACCUUUGAUGCUGUUUCUCAUAUCAAAGUUGGGUCUUACUACGAAAUUAAUCAUUCCAUGCUUCCAACUAAAACCCCAGACCAACUCAAGUUAGUUCGUGUUAUCAUGGUGAGUAAAAAAUCCAAGUGCAGCGUGUCAUUGAGGUAUCCAAGCACGUAUUCUCUUCGAGCACAUUUCAGCCAGCGGAACCGGAGAAAAGGGGAUACAAAGAUGUUACCUACACUGGAUGAACAGUAUGCGAUGGUAUCGGAGAUUGCUGGGGAUAUUUUAUAUCGGAGGAUCCCGCCACAUGAACUUGCAGUGCAAAGGAAUCAAUGGAGCUUUUGGGUAUUGGAGGUUUCUCCCAAGGAACAAGAAAUAGGGAAGAACCCAAGCCCAACUAUCAUUACCAGCUAUGUCAACAAGGUCCUUAAGAAAGGUUUGUGCUGGUCUGAGUUGAUAUCCGUAGGGAUGGUCCGAUGGGGUCGGCGUAGGCUGGUUAGGUUCUUGAGUACCUAUGAGGAGGAGACGCGGUCAAGAAAUGAGGAGGAGGAGGAGGAAGUGAUUAUGGGCGCGGAUAGGAUGAGCUCUAAGAGGAAGCUCCAUGGAGCAAGCUUAAGAGCCCAGACGGCAAAGAAACUAAAGCAUGGAAAUGAUCAGCAAAUUACGCUUUACAAGCCAAGCAAGGGAAGAGAAGUCAAGAACUCCAUUGAAAGAUGGUCUGUUCACAGGUAUAAUUUAGCUGAGAAAAACAUGUUGAAGAUUAUGAAGGAGAAGGGAGCAGUGUUUGGGAACCCAAUACUCAGGCCAGCACUGAGAGUAGAAGCUAGGAAGCUGAUUGGGGACACUGGUUUGUUGGAUCAUUUGCUGAAACACAUGGCUUGGAAGGUGGCUCCUGGAGGUGAAGAAAGAUUCAUGAGGCGCCAUAAUGCAGAUGGGGCAAUGGAGUAUUGGUUGGAGAGUGCUGAUUUAAUGGAUAUCAGGAAGGAGGCUGGGGUGCAGGAUCCUUAUUGGAUCCCACCUCCUGGUUGGAAGCUUGGCGAUGACCCAACCCAGGAUCCAGUUUGUGCUAGAGAGCUCAAGGAGCUUAGGGAAGAGAUAGCCAAGCUAAAAAAGGGCAUGAUCGAUAACAAAAAGACUGAAGAAAAUCUAGCUCUUGUCAUCACCCCGAAUUCUUGUGAUAUAAGCCAAAACAUGGUUCGUGAAGCCAAUAUGUUACUUCCGUUGAAGGAAAAGUACGUGGACUUGAUGGAAUUGAAAGAUAAACUUGAGGGGCAGCUGGGUGAAAUUGGAAAAUCUUUGUGUGGAGUGGAGGAAGAGAUGGGGAAGCUGAAGUCUAAAAUGGAAGCUGCAAAUGCACUAGUGCUAAUGGGAUCAACAAAGCCACCUUUAAGCAUUGAAAGUGACAGAAGUGUACUGGAAGAGGAAAAGAAGCCAUCAGUUGCUAGAAAAAGAAGAAGCCCAGUUGUAACAAGAGAGGAGAAAGCAUCAAAAAUUGAAAGGCUGAAGAGUGGGUUCAGGAUAUGCAAACCACAAGGGACCUUCCUAUGGCCACCCAAUGAGGACCUAGCUCCGAUCACCACUCCUCCCUCUGUCACCUCUUCCAUUGUCAAAUACUUACCCACCACCCAAAAUGCAAAUGGUCUCAUCAUCAACCUGAAUGAGGUCCCUGGCAACAUCCAAGAGAACGGAUAUUGUGGGUCUCAUUCUCACAGCUCACCUUGUCCACUCACAUAUCAGAGAAGACAUAAUUUAACACCCUCUACUUCCAUGCCACGAAUGAUACAUGGUAAGAAAGACAAGGAGAUGAGGGAGCAAAGAGGAGCAUACUCAUCACCUUCCUCACCCAGAACUUGGUUGGCUCUUUCUACUCCCACCUCUUCAAUCAACAACAGGCGAGUCUAG